CCCCCCACACACACACACACACCAAUAGACACAAAAAAAUGGAAGUUGUUAGCAAGAGAAGGGGAAAAAAUUCAAGAAAUGGUGUUGUUGUGGCAGGUUGUGUAUGGGAAAAUAGAAUGAGAUUUGAUGAAUUCAAAGGUGGAAUCAAUGUAUAUAGUGAAAAAGAAGAAACCCCACAAGUUGAAAAUGAUGAGAUGAAAACAAAUGAAGUUGAAGAAGACAAAAAGAUGGAAAUGGGGUCAAAAACUAAUCUUGGUGUUGGUUGUUUUGUUAUGAGUGGAAAGAGAAAAACUUGGAAAUCUGAGAGUAAUUUUGAAGGGAACCCAAUUGAGAUAUCAACAAAAAGAUCUCAACUUUGUAAAGAAUUGAGUGUUAGUGCAAUGAAGAAAAGUCCAAUUCAGAGCAAGAAAAGGGAAGGAAAUGAGAAAAUGUGUGAGUUAAAGAAGGUGAAAAAUGUGUCUCCUAAUGGGAAUUUGAGGAAUUCACUUCAACUAAUGAAAGCAAAAUCAGAGAAAUGUAAAGAGAUUGAUGUAAUUGAGGAAAAUAAGGUUGUUGGUGUUCUUGAUGAGUCAAAGAAGAAUCUUGAAAGGGUAUUUAGUGAAUCAAGUGAUGAAAAUAAGGUUGUUGAUGUUCUUGAUGAAUCAAAGAAGAAUCUUGAAAGGGUAUUUGGUGAAUCAAGUGAUGGAAAUGAAGAAAAUAAGGUUGCUGAUGUUUAUGAUGAGUCAAAAAGGAAUCUUGAAAGGGUAUUUAGUGAAUCAAGUGAUGGAAAUGAAGAAAAUAAGGUUGUUGUUCAUGAAUCAAAGAAGAAUCUUGAAAGGGUAUUUGUUGAAUCAAGUGAUGAAAAUGAAGAAAAUAAGGAUGUUGAUGUUCUUGAUGAGUCAAAAAGGAAUCUUGAAAUGGUAUUUGUUGAAUCAAGUGAUGGAAAUGAGGAAAAUAAGGUUGUUGAUAAUGUUGAUGGAAAUGAGGGGAAUCAAAUUCAGCUAAGGAAAGUGAAAUCAGAGGCAAAUAAGGCACAAAAUGUGGAUGGAAAGAAUUGUGAUUUAAGGAAAGUGAAAUCUAUGUGUCUUAAAGGGAAUUUGAAGAACUCACUUAAAAUGGUGAAAACAAAAACAGAGAAAUGUAAUAAGAGUUUUGAGAAAAAUAAGGUUCUUGAGGAAAAUUAUGAAGAGAAAGUGAUAAGAAGCAAUGUGGAACCUCAAGAAAAAUUGAAUCUUGAAAAUGAAGAUUUGAAGAUUUUGGAAGAAGAAAUUGAGAGGGAAAAUAGUUUAGCAAAAGAGAUUAAGACUAAAAAGAUUGUAAUUGUUGAAGAGAAAAAAGUUCAUAUUAGUAACAAUGAGAAAAAACAAGUGUCCAUUCCUCCAAUUAUCAAGAGACAGUCUACUCCAUUUUCAGGCCAAUCAAGAAAUUUUCAUCAUCAUCCAAGUCCAUCAAGAACUAAACCAGUUCCAGUAGCAUCAGAUGAUUUUCAGAGAAAUAUUCCAAGACAACAGAGCAAACUAGAAAGCUUGGUUGAUUUGGUCAUGUGGACAGAUGCAUCAAAAUCAGCAUUAAUCUUUGGAAUUGGAACAUUUUUCAUCAUUUCCUCUUCAUAUACUAAAGAUCUCAAUAUCAGCUUCAUUUCUGUGAUUUCCUAUUUGGGUCUGGUCUACCUUGCUACAAUCUUUCUAUUUAGAUCCCUCAGGGGUGCAAAUGAUAUAGGUGAAUCAAGUGAAUAUGUAUUAGGGGAAGAAGAAGCAAUGUGGAUUUUGAAAUUAAUAUUGCCUUGCAUAAAUGAAUGUCUCAUGAAAAUUAGAGCUCUUUUUUCUGGGGAUCCUGCUACUACAAUGAAGAUGGCAGUUCUACUGUUUAUUUUUGCAAGAUGUGGCAGUUCCAUAACUAUUUGGAAGAUGUCAAAAUUGGGGUUUUUUGGAGUUUUCAUAGUACCAAAAGUCUGUUCUUCUUAUUCCACACAGUUAACUGCCUAUGGUACAUUUUGGAUUAGACGUUUUCGAGAUGCUUGGGAAAGUUGUACUCACAAGAAAGCAGUUGCAUUUGCAAUAUUCACACUUAUAUGGAAUUUAUCUUCAAUUUCUUCUAGAAUUUGGGCAGUUUUUAUGUUGUAUGUGGGAUUUAGGUACUACCAACAAAAAAUGAUGAAAGAAUGAUGGAUAGGUGAAGAAGAAAUUACAAAAUCAGAGGAUUAUUGGCAAGAAAGACAAAGGAGAAUUGGGAGAAAA